UUUCAGCUUCAAGCUCCGACGAGGCGCGCGACGAGGCCAAGAUGACCGCCACCCGACAUUCUCCGUUUCUGGGGACCUCUCUCGUGUGGACGGAUUAUCGCACUGGAGCCUCCAGCUUGGACCUGCAACUCACAGGCCGCAGGCCGGAGAGUCUUAAGACGCCGAUUUCCCCGACACAUGAUAACAACGCAACACCGCAACCCCGAAGGUGCCUCAAGAGCGCUCCGCAAACGCCCACCAAGAGCGGUCAACCCAAAAAGAUUGUCAAGUUCGCCGACGACAUGGGACUCGAUCUAACGGCUGUCAAGGUUAUGGUUGCAACGCCCCCCUCGCAAAGUCCUGAAGAACCAGCUACCCCUGCAGCAGUUCCCUCUGUCACGAAAGAGCCCGCGAAACCCGCCAUAGUUCACUCGAAAGAAUAUCUCCCCGCACGAAACAUUAGGCUCGAAAUCUGCCAAUCAACAGGACGUUACCAAGCGAAAUUCGAGCAACCAGGUGCCACACCUAACUUUUGGACGCGUGUCCGAGCCCAGAAGGUAUGCCUGGAAUCGGUGAUCGCCAGCUACAAUUCUUCAGUGCACAUAGUUAUCCGGGUGGUGAACGUAGCGUUCCGCAAGCGCGUGCUGUUGCGCUACACCCUCAACAAUUGGGGCACGUUCACCGACCUCGAAGCGGACUACAUGCCCGAAUGUAAAGACCUGACGAAUUCGGCGACCGACCGAUUUUCAGUGAAUUUGUGCCUCAAGAGCUCGCCACGCUCUGUACAGUUUUGUGUGUGUUAUCAAGUCGACGGCAAAGAACACUGGGACAACAACAACCACCAGAAUUACCGGAUGGAGUUUGAAGAAAACCAACAGCCCACGCCUUUCUACUAGGACCCCUACACAAGCAAGGUGUACAGCAAAUUUAGGAUUCAGUUUCUGCUCUAGCAGACCCGCCAGACAUACCCUCACGAAGCCGCAACGAAAACUGCAGAAAGAAUGUCACCGGCGAAAGCUCUCAGGCGAAAGAGUUUGUGUUUGGAUUCCGCCGGGACAGGUGAUUUCCCUCGACUUAUGAAGUCGGAACCGAGAAGAUAAACAGAGACACUCCUGGGGUCGAGUGGCGGAGGAGCCCUGUCGGAGAGAAACUUUAUCCUUGCGUCCUUUUCUGUUGUUCCUCGUCGCAAGGUACGUUUCGCGCUGCUCGGAUCAGAUACCGAGUAAUAAGCAUCGUCGAGUCGGUCGUCCAGACCGGGAAUAUCGGCCCCGGGAUUCUGUCUUCUUUUCGCCACAAGCUAUAGAUCGAAUUACAUAUUGCGGAUCUUUGCUCCCCGAUCCACAUAGAAGAAGUUCGCCGUCCGAAGCUCUCGAACGGGGGCUUUUGGGUAAAGCGUGCCCUGUCGGUUGUGACCGAUCCCAGUCGAAGCAUUCCGAGUUCUUCAUCUUGUCAUCCAAUAGAUGAGAAGAACUCCGAGACGUCGGGACCGAGUCCCGCUUCUAAGACAACGAUCGCCAACUUGCGGAGUGUAUGAGAUGUUGCAUUUUCAAUGCUUGUAAUUUGCUGCAUGGAUCAUGAAUGCCGAUUGGGACAUACGGACAGCGAUAAAUGGCUUUUCGAGUCGCGGCACGUACCAUGUCCCGCCUCCGGAACUAUUACGGAACACGGAGUGUGCGCCUCCGAUACUGACCGACUGUUUUCGAGUCCGUUGCGAUAUAGGAGGCGGGAAUGUAAGCAAAAAGUACAACCGACUGCCCACCGAGUCUUCGCGGGUUAGGAGCGAAGGUGCAAUAAUCAGAAAUUUUGUUGAGCGGCUCUCGCAAUAGUCAGUCCGUGGAACAGGACAAAGCUCCGGUUCUAAGCCUCCUAACGGGACUAUGCAACAAUUGAGCCAGCGGAAUUUUCGUUGCGGCGCGCAUUCCCAUUUUAACUUUUUCAAUCCGUACCUCAGGAAGGCGUGAACGGUCACGAGAGGAAAAUGAUGUGUAAAUCCGUAUCUGAUGAUGACUUGAGGAGAUGGCUGUACCUCAAACGAAUGAUCUCGUGAUUGCGGAUCCCGCAGCCGCAGAAAAAACACCACGUAUAUUUUUGAAGUGUUACAUGAAAUGACGAACGAAUCUACCAUAGCAAUCUACAGACGCUUAGCGAACGAGAGGAUGAAAUAAUAAACGAAUGUUACUAGCUGC